AUGAAUUUUAAGAUUUUUACCUUCUCCCAAGUGGCAAAUGCUCUAGGAAGCACAAUUCUUUCAUAUAACACAUCUGCGCCAAGUUACAGUACUCCUGCCCUUUCUUACAACGAUAUAUAUGUACAGGCAUUUAAUGCAGUGAGAAACGACUACAAUCACCAGCAAAAUCGUAAUGGCUAUACUCAGGGAGCUUAUUACGUUCUCCUUCCCGACGGUCGUUUACAAAGAGUUUCCUACACCGUGAACGGCUACUCUGGAUACGUUGCGGAAGUUACUUACGAAGGAGAAGCCCAUUACCCUACUUACCAGCUUGCUUCUUCUCGCUCCUACCAGCCCGCCCCAGCCCCUUCCUACCAACCAGGCUCUAGUCUCUCCUAUCAACCAGCUCCUACUCCUUCCUACCCAACCAUUCCCAGCUAUGAAUAA